UGCGCGUCGGCGGCCGCCGCGCUCGGUCCGCGCCGGGACGCGCUCGGUGCGGCCGCGGUUUCUGUGCAAUCCCCCGCUUGCUCGUGCCCAAAUCCCUUCGUCUGGAGCAUCACCAGCGUGUGGAGCCUGCCCCACACAGCCCAUCCCUGCCAAACCACGGCCUUUACCUGCGUGUUCCGCUGUUUCCCGUGCGACCCCUCCUGCGGGAGCGCCUCCUGGGCCACCCCCGACUUCAGCCAGCGCUCCGUGGCUCCAAUGGUGAAGAUGACAAGGUCCAAGACUUUCCAGGCGUAUCUGCCUUCCUGCCACAGGACCUACAGCUGCAUCCACUGCAGGGCUCACCUGGCCAACCACGAUGAGCUCAUCUCCAAGUCCUUCCAGGGCAGCCAAGGACGAGCUUACCUCUUCAACUCCGUAGUGAACGUGGGCUGUGGCCCUGCAGAGGAGCGAGUGUUGUUAACAGGACUGCACGCCGUGGCAGAUAUUUACUGUGAAAACUGCAAAACCACGCUGGGCUGGAAAUAUGAACAUGCUUUUGAAAGCAGCCAGAAGUAUAAAGAAGGCAAAUACAUCAUUGAACUAGCUCACAUGAUCAAGGACAACGGCUGGGAUUGAGCAGAGCCCGGCCCAGCAGUGCCAGAGAUGCCAUCCAACCGAACAUUGUACCCAAGAGUGAGAGAGUGACUGAACGCUUGGUUCCAUGCAUUUAGAGGCUCUGCAAUCCGGGAGCAUCUUCACACCCUUCUCCAUCUUUAUUGGUGACUGGCCUCUAAAUUUCUGUCUCUCUGUCUCUUUGCUUUGUAUCUGUUUGUGAGUUGACCCUGGCUGCUUCUCUCUCUGUUCUGUUGGCUCAGAGAAUGCACCGAAUGCCCGACAGCCAUUCCAUGUGCCCAGAGCUCCACCCAGCCUGGCCUGGGCUCUCCUGGCACCUCCCAGCCGGUGCCAACCCCGAGGUUGGGCAGGAGAAGGUGGGACAGGGGUGGGGCCUGCAGGGGAACCAUCAGAGGGUGAUGCUGUGCUUCUCCUUUCAGUCCUGGGUAAGCAAGGCUUGAAACCAUCUCCUUGUUAAAUGGACAGAGAAAUACCUACUUGUGUAAAUGGAUAGAGAAAUAUCCACUUGUCUGAAUGGAUACAGAAAUAUCCACUUGUCUAAGAAGGACACAGGAAUGUCUCCUUGUGUGAAAGGACAGAAGUUACCUCGUGGCUGUGUUUUCUCUCUGAAUCCAUCGGUGGAGCUGCAGCCUGAGCUGGCUGAGCCAGUUCCCCCCACAAUCUGGGUUUUGUUUGCUAUUUAUGAACUCCUUGUUGCAGGGGGCAGGGCUGGGGGCUGGAGAGAUUCCUGCCUCUCCUUUUCCUCGCUGGUUCAGGGCAGGGAGGCUGAAGGUCCCAGCUGAGCACGGCCAUGGGGAGCAUCCCCAAGGCUGGAGAAACCAAAUCCUGACCUGUGAGCCCUUCAGAGAGAAGGAGAAAACCACUUCAGGCACAAGGAGGCUGGAGCUGCAGCCUAGAAAAUGUGGAGGGGUGAAAAAAGGCACGUGUGAGGCAAGGAGGGGGAAAUUCCAUAGAGGAGGAUGGGGACAAACAGUGACAGAGGCUGCCCCUGGGUUUCCUGGCCUCCCCUGAGCACCCUUGGUGGUGUUUUACCAAUCUUUCACAAGUGCAAGGAGGAAAAUGCUGUUACAGAACCUUUUCCUUGGAUGCCAGGCUCCACUGGGGGGGCCUGGCACAGAAACGGGGCGAGGAGGGAGCUGAGUUGUGGCAGUUGUGUUGCACAGGUGGAUAUUUCAUCCCUGAGGUAUCCUCCCCCCUUUCCCCACUGCCAGCAGCCCAUUGCAGGCACGGGGCGAAUGGGAAAGGAAAACAGAAAAAAAGAAAAAAAGAAAUGAAGCAUCUUCCCAGCAGCCCUGGAAUGAUCCAUGCCUUGAGGGGUGGAUGUGGGUGUCAGAACUGCAAGGGACAACGAGUCCUUCCCGUUUUCAUUUGUCCCUGGUGAUUCCUGAGCACCUUCCCAGGGGGGUGGUGGGGAAGGGGUGCCCUGUGUGCCAGGGGAGCUGUGUCAGGCCACAAUGAAAUGAGAAAUUUGCUCUGCAGCAGCCCAGCCAGUGUCUGGUGCAUCACCCAGGACUAUCGAGCUGAGUUCGUUCUGUCUCUCCCCGAGUGAAUUGUUCCUUUCUGUUGGCAGAAUUCUUUCAAGUAGGGUAAUGCAUGGAGGGAAAUCUUCCUUAAUGCAGAAGGAAGGAAGGAGAGUUGUGCAGGGGGUGGUGGCUCCUUAUGGAGCAGAAGCUUUGGAGCUGUGAUGUGCAGUCACUGCCCCCCAGCCCUGAGAGAUCCCAGCGCGCUGUGGAGGAGUCAUUUGGUGCUCACUUGGCAGGGAAUGGGAACAGAGACUCUCCUGAAGGGUCAGGGUGGAAUGUAGGGUUGGAUCCUUGUGCUGAAAGCCAAACCUGAUGAAGCAGAGGUUGUUUUUUUUCUCUCCAAGCUCUGCUCUUGACAGCCUUGGAGAAUUGAGGUGAGGUGGCCGGGCUCCUGCAGGGGAUGGAGUUUGUGACCAACCUGUCCAGAGGUGGCUUCUGCCCUCACCCUCCUGCUCUGGCUGUGUAACAAUUGCUUCAGCUUUUGUUUUGGAUUGUCUCUGCUUCUGCCAGCCUCAUUCCCUCGGUGACAAAUCCAGUAAAAAUCAAAACUCCCACAGCACCUGCUGUGUUGUGGACUCUGGCACUGACCUGGUGCCAUCUCCCUGUCCUUUCAUUGAGGAUCCAUGGCAAUUUAUUGGGUUUUGACUAGUGGGAAGCAAUUCCUGUUCUUCAAAGAGCUCUUUAUUCUCCACAGAGCCUUUAAAGGAGCUGGGAGAGGUAAGGGAUCAUCCCAAAUCCUGUGAGGCUGAGAAGAGCACGCAAGGCUCAUGGUUUGAUGUUGGUAUUUGGAUCAAAAAGCAAAGUAAAAGGCAGGGCUGUGCAGAGAACUGCUCUGAGAAAUGCCAGCCAGGUGGAAAUGGUUUUAUCCAUUCACUGGGGACAAAAAAGGACAAUGCUCCAUCAGACCUGGCUGGUUUUUACUGGUCACAGGUGUUGGGCUUUUCAUGGCAACCAGUGCAAGCUUGAAUAGGGCGAGGUCUUAAUCUGCUUUUAAUUGGUUUUGUCCUGUUCAGUCUGGUGCUCAGAGCCUGGCCCUGAGCCCUGGUGCAGCCCAGCGUGGCUGUGCCUGUCCCAGCACCAGAGAGCUCCCGGGCAGUGGCUGUGGUGGCCGAGAGGAGGAAGGGGCCUGUGCAGGGAGCACGAGGAGCUUCAGCUGGCUGCUGACUGCCCUGGCAGCUGGGGCUGGCAGGAGUUGGGGAGCAGAGCUGGUGGCACAGAGUGACACGCUCAGAGAUAACCAAAGAACUUCCCUGCUGAGCUGAGCCAGGCUUUUCCCAGGAGAAGGGGAGAUGUGGCCCGUGGGAGCUGCUGCUUUCCAUGGGCAGCAGCUUCAGGAAAACAGGGACAGCACUGAGUUUUCCUCCUUUUUUUGGUGUCCAGCCUCGUGUCUGGGCAGCUGUGAGCACCCUUGAGUUUACAUCCCCCCCCUGUACCCCAAAGCUCAGACUUGAGUAAGUUUUAAAUUGUUUUUGCUCUGGUGGAUUGUCUGGUGUGAAAUCCUGACCCCUGUAAGAAAUAGUCAGAUGAUAAUAUAUACAAAGCAGAAAAAAUAACCCCCAGACGUUACCUUGUGAAAUAUACUUUUGUAAAUAAUAUUUAAUUUUUUUUAAAGAAAUAAUAUAUUUGGUGCUGUUUUCUCAGAGCCCCUCCCUGAGAGCACUUUUUUUUUUGUUAUCGUUGUUGUUUAUGAUGAUCCUGUUUCCUUCUGUAUUUGUUGGAAAAUAUGUUUAAAGGGAAACAAAAAUCCUAAUUUGUCCUCUUGAAGUGGAUCCGUGUUUCCUGUGGAUGUGGCAGGGGAGGGGACUCCCAGCUGCCAGAUUUGGUGGCUGGGCUGGGGACAGGGGGGAUAUUUGGGCUGGGAGGGGCUGCAGGCACUCAGGAGGGCUCCAGUUCCCCUCUGCCUUUCCCUGGAGCCCAGAGCCCCUUUGCUCCCAGCAGGAAUCCCCCAGAGCCCCUGGGGCUCCCACUUUUCCCUGGUUUGUGGAAUCCAGGUGUGGAAUUUCCCUGGCACCAGUGCUGGCUGGAGUGAGAAGCUCUGGAGCUGCAGCCUCAGAUUCGCAGGGAUGGAGGAUGGAGCUUUGAACCCAAUGCUGAUUUUAACCUAAACCACAAAUCUUUGGAUCCUGCUUUUAUUUUUGAGGGGAGGUUUUGUUGUUUUGUUUUUUGUUUUGUUUUUUGUUUUGUUUUGUUUUGUUUUGUUUUGUUUUUAACCAGGCUGCUACAUAACAAAUUAGAGUAAAAGUUUACCUCUCUUGGCAGUAAAGUUCAUUUAAUUUGUUCUCCUUGCUGUCUUUAAUCUCCCCCCUUCUCACCCUCCUUUGUUUUUAUUUCACUUGGUCUCUUGUUUAUCCCAAAGUGGACCAACAGCACAAAGCACUGGAUGUGUUUUGCUGAGCAAGGAGCUGUUCAAGAACUGCUGCAGGUUCUUUAAAUUCUCUGGGUUUGGAGAACUUCAAACCCCACAGGAACAGAACCAGCCCCGCCAAACAAACCCCGUUGUUCUCGUGAUGAUCAAGUGAGAAUUCUCUCUCUGUGUGCAUUUUUCUGGCUGCUCUGUGAGAGUGUGUGAAUCAUGCAUUUCACUGCACUUCCCUGCUUUGGGAGGAGCUUCCAGGUAAAGCAGUUUUGGGAUGAAGAGGGGACACCAAACACCAAGCUCAGCUCAGUGGGAAGGAGCUCUUCCCACUACGGGAGAGGCCUCAGUGCUCAGAAACAAUCAGGUUAGACAGAGGUUUUCUGCAGAAAUCCUGGUGAAAAAGAACAAGCAGAAGAGGGGAAACGAAAUCAUCUUGAAUUCAGAAAAAAAAAAAAAAUCAAAAAUCAACAUAUUUAAAUGCAAGCAGAAUGGCAUUGUGUAAGGUACAACCACAAAUAAGCUGUUCUCAUCGUUACAACUGUGUGUAUCCUUUGUUUUGUUCUUCCUAAGGAAAUGGGAAUGCUUUCCCCACUGACAAAACUAAGGACAAUAUUUCCAAUACCAGCCUGUCUAUGGAUGCUCUUGUGUUUACAAAUUGUGUAUAUUUUUAUUUCUUUGAUCUUAUUUUAAUUUUUUUUUUGGCAUAUUCUUUCAGGUCAUUUGCUUCAGUCAUAAAUGCAAUUGUUUGUUUUCAGAUAAUUGGUUUUCACCUUUUCAUGUAUUUGUACAUUGUAUAUAGUUCUUCAGUAUUAGAGGGAGGCGUAUUGUUUGUCAUAUUUACAAUAUGUGUUGGUGCUCAUUUGAGAAAAUAAAAUUUUCAAGUACUAAA